GAACAAACAUACUUCUAUGCUUGCUGUCUCUCGAAUCGCAUGGAACAGGAGGCUGUCUAUCUUUUCUAAUAGCAUGGUUCGCCGCGUAGCCAUAGACGCUUCUCCGCCUAUAAACCGCUUCAUGAAGGAUGGCCUGGACAAGGAUGCUUUUCGUAAGACCAUUACUGUGCUCGCUGCACGAGUCCCUCCGUCGAAAACAGGAUCUGUGUUGAAAUCUCAGGCUAUGAGGGGCUUUCUCAUGGACUUGCCCAAAAUUCGUAGCGUAGUGUACGAUCCGUCUCAUCCAGACGGAGACAGACUGGUGCUACUCAGAGUUUCAGAGGAAGCUGCACUUACCCCUGACGUUUCAAGUUUCUUGAAAGAGGUUUCCAACGGGCUCACGACUUACACUCUUACCUUGGAUUAUGACUAUUGGACUGCAGAUGAGAUUCUGCAAGCAGUUCUUCCUGAGGAACUCUGUGACGAGUCGCCAACAGGCUUUGCUAUCACCGGACAUCUUGCCCACCUCAAUUUGAAUAAGCAAUACUUACCAUACAAAUACCUGAUAGGACAAAUAAUACUGGAUAAAAAUAAGAACAUCAGAACCGUGGUCAAUAAAUUGGAUAAGAUUGAUAACCAAUUCAGAUUUUUCAAGAUGGAGUUGCUGGCAGGCGAUCCGGAUUAUGUGGUCGAACAGCAUGAAUCUAAUUGCCGAUUUACCUUCGACUUCACGGAAGUUUACUGGAAUUCUCGUUUGCAUACAGAGCAUGAACGUCUCGUAGCGCUCUUCAAGCCAGAGGACGUGAUUGCUGACGUAUUUGCUGGCGUUGGACCCUUUGCUGUGCCGGCAGCUAAGAAAGGUUGCGCAGUGCUAGCAAAUGACCUCAACCCCAAUAGUGCCAAGUACCUCUCAAAAAAUGCUUCCGAUAAUAAAGUAGCGCACCUCAUGCGAAUAAGCUGCGAGGACGGUCGAAGCUUCAUUCCAGCUGUAGUUUCUCGCGCAUUACAAGACCCAUUUCCUGCUUAUGCUGGCCCAAAGCUUUCAAGGUCCGAGGAGAAGGCGAACCGAAAAUUGCAGCAACAGAAUGCCCUAUGUUCAACACACACCACGGCCAAGACUGUGGACUCAAAUUUGGAAUGCCCUACUCGCAGUUGCAUAACGCAUUUCGUUCUGAAUCUGCCAGAUUCUGCCAUUGAGUUUCUUGACGCAUUUCGGGGCAUUUUCUCGUCGGCGCGUCACGACGGGAUGGAUUUGGACGUGAUUUAUACCAAUAUGCCAAUGGUCCACUGCCACUGCUUUACGCGCGAAUGCGAGCCAGAUAAAGCACGCGAAGAUAUAAGACAGAGAGUCGAGCAGAGACUUGGGCACGCAUUGACAGAGAGUUUCUCAUUGCACAUGGUGCGGUCUGUAGCCCCAAACAAAGACAUGUACUGUAUGAGCUUCAGAUUACCUCAUGAAGUAGCCUUUGCACGGUGAAAUCGCAUUCCGAUUUCCUUGG